UGCGGUCAACACUCAAAAGCAGCAGCUCAAGUGGCCAGCGCUUCCCGCGGAUUCGAGAAAUCCGCAGAUCGGCGAUGCGCGGCGGCGGCGGCGACGCGACGGGCUGGGACGAGGACGCCUACCGGGAGAGCGUCCUGAAGGAGAGGGAAGUCCAGACCCGGACCGUGUUCCGCGCCGCCUUCGCCCCCUCGCCGAGCCCUAGCCCCAGCCCCGACGCCGUCGUCGUCGCCUCCAGCGACGGCUCCGUCGCCUCCUACUCCAUCUCCGCCUGCCUGUCCGACCACAGAUUGCAGUCGUUGCGGUUUGCUGACGCGAAGUCUCAAAACGUUCUAGAGGCGGAACCCGCUUGUUUCCUUCAGGGGCAUGAUGGACCUGCCUAUGAUGUCAAAUUUUAUGGCGAGGGUGAAGAUUCUCUUCUACUGAGUUGUGGUGAUGAUGGACGGAUUCGGGGGUGGAUGUGGAGAGACAUUACGAGCUCAGAGGCGCAUGACCAUUCACAAGGAAACAGUGCAAAACCAGUACUUGAUUUGGUGAAUCCCCAAAGUAGAGGUCCUUGGGGUGCCCUUUCACCAAUCCCCGAGAACAAUGCCCUGGCUGUAGAUGUUAAGCGGGGAUCCAUUUAUGCUGCAGCUGGUGAUUCUUGUGCAUAUUGUUGGGAUGUGGAAUGUGGUAAAAUAAAAACUGUUUUCAAAGGGCAUUCUGACUACCUGCACUGUAUAGCUGCACGGAACUCUUCUAGUCAGAUUAUAACAGGUUCUGAGGAUGGGACAGCAAGAAUAUGGGAUUGCAGAAGUGGUAAGUGUGUCCAAGUAAUUGAUCCAGACAAAGACCAUAAGAAAGGUUUCUUCGCAAGUGUUAGUUGUCUUGCUCUUGAUGCAAGUGAGAGUUGGUUGGUCUGUGGUCGGGGUCGGGAUUUAUCUGUCUGGAGUAUAUCUGCUUCUGAUUGCAUAGCAAAAAUCUCAACCAAUGCUCCUGCACAGGAUGUCUUAUUUGAUGAUAAUCAAAUAUUACUGGUUGGAGCUGAACCUUUGAUCAGUCGUUUAGACAUGAACGGGGUGGUUCUUUCUCAAAUACAUUGUGCACCUCAGUCGGUGUUUUCUGUUUCUCUGCAUCAAUCUGGUGUAACUGCAGUCGGGGGUUAUGGAGGCUUAGUCGACGUAAUCUCCCAGUUCGGAAGCCACCUCUGCACAUUUCGCUGCAAAUGCAUAUUGUCUCCCCAAUCCCUCCCUCCCCUCUCCCUCUCACUCUCCACUCGUUCUCUCUCCUCCGCCGUCCCUAAUUUCCUUCGUUAUCUCUCUCUCUCUCUCCUCGCGUCUCACUUGGCAUCUCGCUCUAGAUCUGAGGAGAAGCUCCCCCUGCCGCCGCCCGAUCGCCGCCGCUUCUCCGGUCGCCUCCCCGCCUCCGCCCGCCGACCGAUCGAUCGAUCCCUCCUUCCCUCCCUCCCUUUCUUCCGUCCGUCGUCGACAUCAGCAAUGGCAGGAUUAACCCCAGAAGGUUCGGCGUUCGACUCUCGUCAGUUCGAUGCUAAGAUGAGUGAGCUACUUUCAGCUGAUGGGGAGGAUUUCUUUACAUCUUAUGAUGAGGUGUAUGAGAGCUUUGAUGCUAUGGGCUUGCAAGAGAAUCUCCUGAGGGGCAUUUACGCAUAUGGAUUUGAGAAACCCUCAGCAAUUCAGCAGAGGGGAAUUGUACCAUUCUGCAAAGGUUUAGAUGUUAUUCAACAGGCUCAAUCAGGAACUGGAAAAACGGCCACUUUCUGCUCUGGCAUUUUGCAACAACUUGACUACGGUCUUGUGGAUUGCCAGGCUUUGGUUCUGGCACCCACUAGGGAACUUGCACAGCAGAUUGAGAAGGUCAUGCGUGCUCUUGGAGAUUAUCUUGGUGUCAAAGUACAUGCUUGUGUUGGUGGAACCAGUGUUCGUGAAGACCAGCGAAUCCUUUCUAGUGGAGUUCAUGUUGUAGUUGGUACUCCUGGACGUGUUUUCGACAUGCUCCGAAGACAAUCCCUGCGUCCUGAUCACAUCAAGAUUUUUGUUCUGGAUGAGGCUGAUGAAAUGCUUUCACGUGGUUUCAAGGAUCAGAUCUACGACAUUUUCCAGCUUCUUCCAUCAAAAAUUCAGGUUGGUGUAUUCUCUGCCACAAUGCCACCUGAAGCCCUGGAGAUCACGAGGAAGUUUAUGAACAAACCUGUUAGGAUUCUUGUGAAGCGUGAUGAGCUCACUCUGGAAGGUAUCAAGCAGUUCUAUGUCAAUGUUGACAAGGAGGAAUGGAAGCUUGAGACUCUCUGUGAUCUGUAUGAAACUCUAGCUAUUACCCAAAGUGUCAUCUUUGUAAACACCAGGCGCAAAGUUGACUGGCUGACGGACAAAAUGAGGAGCAGAGACCACACUGUAUCAGCCACCCAUGGAGAUAUGGACCAGAAUACCAGAGACAUCAUCAUGCGUGAAUUUCGCUCGGGAUCAUCCCGCGUGCUAAUCACCACAGAUCUUUUGGCCCGUGGUAUUGAUGUUCAGCAAGUCUCGCUCGUCAUUAAUUUUGACCUGCCGACACAGCCUGAGAACUAUCUCCAUCGCAUAGGGCGUGGUGGGAGGUUCGGAAGGAAAGGUGUGGCCAUCAACUUUGUUACGAAGGAUGAUGAGAGGAUGCUGUCUGAUAUCCAGAGGUUCUACAACGUGGUCAUUGAGGAGCUGCCGGCAAAUGUUGCAGAUCUCCUGUAGUAGGAAUUUGCGCUGCUGUGGUAGGGAGCAUGAGAAACCCAUCUUGUGAAAGAGUAAUUUGAUGUGCUAUGCUUUCGUUUUUACUUCUCUUUGUCUUAUAGGCAGUCUUCAUCAUAAUUUUGAAACUGGAACUAUGAUAUUUGAGUGAUAUGACAUGAAAGCUUGCGUUUGCAGUAGUAAGUCUUUUAUUCGAGCUUUGCUGCAAAGCUCAUUCUGCCUA